UCCACCGCCUGUGAUUUGAAAAAAUUACCUAAGGAGUUAAAGUUUCAUAUACUCAUAUAUGUCAUCAAAAAGUUGGUCGGCGUGUAAACUUUAACUGUAGGGAAAGAAGGGAACAAAACCACUUCCGCAGAUGAGUUAAGUUAUUAAAAUACAAUAAUAAAUAUUAAGUACUUUAAAUGCGACGAUCACAACGACUUAUUAAAUAUAAAGAUGUUGCGGAUAAACCUAAUUGUUUUGAUGAAAGUAGCAAAUUACUUGCUGAUGAUCGGAAUUUCAAAAAACAAAUUCAAAUUUUGGGAGCCAAAACGGAUAACGGAAGUAACAGUAAUGAAAGCUUAUCUCAGUUAUUUAAACAAAUAAGUGAGGAUCAAGGCACAGACGUUAUCAAAAAUACAUUGUUAAAUACUUCUAAAACCAACGCUGAGAUUCACAACAAACGAUGUCCAACCGCGCCAUCUGCAGCACCAACUACAAGAAGAGGCAGAAAAAGAGGAUAUAGUGGGUCUAAAAACGUUAGACAACAUAAAAAAACUCGCUUCGAAGCUGCUUCAAAUGAGGAUGAAGUGAAAACACCUAUCAUAUCAAUUGACAAUUAUUUUAACCCCAUAAGAAAUCCAUUGCUACCAGUUGCGGCAAAUGCACAGCAGGGGCAGAAUAACGAUUUUUAUUACUACAACAAAAAUUCGCUAUUACCUCCGGUGUAUCCGAAUCAUUUUGUCAAUCAAAACUACACCAACACUUUAAUUAAUCCACAACAAUUGCAGUCUUUUGCAGCGAUGGAGUCAAAUGUUCAACCAGAAAUACACUUUCCUACGCCAGAAUUAACACAAUCACUUGAUUUAGAUUCAUCCACUUCCACAAUAUCGCUGCCGGAAUCUCUUCGCGAACUGUUCGGAUGCGAUGACAUUCGCGAUGUUUUAAAAUUGGAUAAAGUAGUAUUUCGAAUGCGUCUAUUGCAUUUACAAACAUUGGCAUAUGUGUUAAAUAUAGAAUUUAAUUAUUUGCGUGAUUUGGUUGAGAAAAUAAUGAAGUUGGAUACAGAGACUUUACAGAAAGUCAUUUAUGCUUUUCAACCGGAAGCAAACUUUAAAUAUACUUCAGAAAUCAAUAAAUAA